AUGGCAGUGCUCAUAGAAACAACCUUGGGAGAUAUUGUCAUCGACGUGUUUGUUAAAGAACGACCAAAAUGUUCGCUAAACUUUAUCAAACUUUGUAAAAUGAAGUACUACAAUCUGUGCCAGUUCCACACCAUUGAGCAAAAUUACAUCGCUCAAACGGGUGAUCCUACAGGAACUGGUAGAGGAGGAGAAUCAAUAUACAUGACUUUGUAUGGUGAGCAAGCACGGUACUUUGAGAAAGAGGAUCUUCCCAAAAUGAAGCACACCAGAAUGGGUGUUGUUUCUUUUGUAAAUAAUGGUAACAAUAUGUUGGGAAGCCAGUUCUUUAUCACACUGGGGGAGAAUUUGGACUAUCUCGACGAUAAGCACACAAUUUUUGGUCAAGUCACGGAAGGGAUAGAUACUCUAGAGAAAAUGAAUGAUCAGUUAUGUGAUGGUGAUCACAAGCCUUAUAGAGAUAUCCGAAUCGCACACACUAUUGUCCUAGACGAUCCAUUUGAAGAUCCUCCGCGGAUUAAAUACCCUCGUGGAUCUCCGUCGCCUACUUUCGAAAUGCUUGUACAGACAAACAAAAUCGCACUCGAUGAGAAUGUGGAUGAUUUUGAAGGAAAAACCGCUGAAGAAAUAGCCGAGGAAAUCAAAAAGCGAGAUAUGGCAGAGCAAGCGCAAAUUCUUGAAAUGGUCGGUGAUUUACGUCAUGCUGAUGAAGCGCCACCAGACAACGUUCUGUUUGUGUGUAAAUUGAAUCCAGUAACUACCGAUGAAGACUUGGAAAUUAUUUUCAGCAGAUUUGGAAAAAUCAUAAAGUGCGAGGUAAUACGAGAUCGUAGGACCCAGCAAUCUCUACAGUAUGCGUUCAUUGAAUUUGAUGAUCCGAAAAGUUGUGAGCAGGCGUUUUUCAAAAUGGACAACGUGCUAAUUGAUGAUAGAAGAAUUCAUGUAGAUUUCUCGCAGUCAGUGGCAAAGUUACAUCAGGGUUAUAAAGAAGGAAAAGCGCAACGUUACAAUGCUGAUGAGCCGGAAAAUAAAGACCACAGGCAAAAACGACCUCCUGGAAAGAAAAAUGUCUCUCCACGGAGAAAUGGUAAUGAGGAACAGCGGAACGAAAAGCGUCCUCCUCGAGAUAAGUUUUAUGAAAGACAACGCGAAGGAGUCCCGGAAAAGAAGCGUCGCGAACGAUCGCGCAGUAGAGACGAUUUGCCGCAGAAAUAUCGAAAUGAAAGAAGUGUUGGAAAAUCAGAGCAAGGGAAAACAAAGAUAGACAUGAUAGCCGAAAAAGGAAGAGGAGAGAAAGGUCUGACAGUAGUGAGGGACGACAGAGACGUUCUCGGAGUAGUUCAGCCAGCCCAGUGA